UGAGAAACCCCACAAAACAAACUCGCAGUUUCCUUCUACAGUGAGAAAGAAAGAAAGUCCACAACUCCUCUGUUCCAGUCACAAGCAAUUCCACUGUUCCAUCCAUCCAUCCAUGGCUCUGGUGCAAGGCAAAUGGAUCAAGCUUGAUCAAAAGGGAACUGGGCCUGGAGCAAGAAGCUCACAUGCCAUUACCCUAGUAGGACAGAAGGGCUAUGUUUUUGGUGGCGAAUUCACGCCACGUGUCCCCGUCGACAACAAGCUCCACGUGUUUGACCUCGAGGAGCUGACGUGGUCUGUGAUCGAGGGAACCGGUGAUGUCCCGCCGCCACGUGUUGGUGUGACAUUGGUAGCUGUUGGACAAAUCAUCUAUGUUUUUGGUGGUAGGGACUAUGACCACAACGAGCUCAAUGAGCUCUAUUCCUUUGACACAUCUACAAACAACUGGACCCUAAUUUCUAGUGGGGACAUUGGGCCCCCUCAUAGGAGCUACCAUUCCGUGACCGCCGAUGACCGCCAUGUGUAUAUUUUUGGCGGCUGCGGUGUGGCCGGCCGCCUUAAUGAUCUAUGGGCCUAUGAUGUGGUUGAUAAAAAAUGGAUCCAAUACCCAAAACCGGGUGACAAUUUGAAGGGGAGAGGCGGGCCUGGCCUGCUAGUGGUCGAAGGGAAAAUAUGGGUUGUGUAUGGCUUUGCUGGAGAGGAAGCUGACGAUGUGCACACCUUCGACCCAGUCCAUGGUGAGUGGACCCAAAUUGAGACAAGUGGCGAGAAACCAACGGCUCGGAGUGUAUUUUCUACGGUAGCAAUCGGAAAAUACAUAGUUAUAUACGGUGGGGAAGUGGACCCUAGUGACUUGGGCCACAUGGGUGCCGGGAAAUUUGCUGCUGAGGUCUAUGCACUGGACACGGAGACGUUGGUGUGGAAGAAGUGGGAUGAUGGGCUGGGCUCGGGUCAUCAUCCCGGGCCUCGCGGGUGGUCUGCAUUUGCCCGCGGGCAGUGGGAUGGAGAAGUGGGCCUUUUGGUGUAUGGCGGGAACUCACCAACUAAUGAUCGCCUUGGUGAUAUUUUCUUCUUCACUCCUUAUUUGGAAGCAAAUGGUAAAUGAUUAGAUAUGGUGAUGCAUGAGAGUGAGAGCGGUGAUGUUAGCUUCAUGUCAUGUACUGGAAAAUGGAACUAUGGGUAUGUAUAUUUGUGUGUAAUAAAAUCUAGACAUGACUUUGUGUAUGUCAGAAUAGGGUUGUAUUUCCUUUUCUAUUUUCUUUCUUUUUUGCUUCUGAUUUGGUAGACUUCAGAACCCAUAUCAAUCUGAUUAGAAUUUGGCCUCACACC